GGUAGAGAGGGAGCCGGGGAGAGGUGGAGAGACUAGAAAUUAGUUUCAUCCCAGUGCGAAAGGAGGAGCAUCGCACUUGUCUGUGCCUGCAGGAACUGCACUAAAACUGUGGAGGACGAGAAGACGGAGAAAGUCAUGGACAGAGGAGGAGAUUUAAAAAGAAGCAAGCGCCUAUAAUAAAGAAACCCUUAGAAAAACCACUCAGAGAGACGAAGUGUCCGGAGAGGAAGGAGGAACAGGAUGGGGAUGGAUCUCAGCACUCUUCGGACCCUCAUCAGCAGAUAUUGUGUUGGUGAGGAGAACUGGGUGGACAGCAGGACCAUUUACAUCGGACAGAAGGAGCCUCCUCCUGGAACUGAGGCCUUCAUACAACAAAGGUUUCCAGACAACAGAAUAGUCUCCUCCAAGUACACAUUUUGGAACUUCAUCCCUAAGAAUAUGUUCGAGCAGUUCAGGAGAGUCGCCAACUUCUACUUUCUCAUCAUAUUUCUGGUCCAGUUGAUCAUCGACACUCCCACCAGUCCGAUCACCAGCGGACUGCCGCUCUUCUUUGUCAUCACAGUCACCGCCAUUAAACAGGGUUAUGAGGACUGGUUGAGACACAAAGCAGACAACGCUGUCAACCAGUGUCCUGUCCACGUGGUGCAGCAUGGGAAAGUGAUUCGCAAACAAAGCCGCAAGCUCAGGGUUGGAGACGUCGUCUUCGUGAAAGAAGAUGAAACUUUCCCCUGCGACCUGAUACUUCUGUCCUCGUCUCGAGAUGACGGGACCUGCUAUGUCACAACAGCCAGUUUGGAUGGGGAGAGCAGCCACAAGACGUACUACGCAGUCCAGGACACCAAAGCUUACAACACAGAGAAAGAGGUGGACUCCAUUCAUGCCACUAUAGAAUGUGAACAACCACAGCCGGACUUGUACAAAUUUGUGGGGCGCAUCAACAUCUACAUGAACAACGAACCCGUGGCCAGGCCGUUAGGAUCAGAGAACCUGCUGCUCCGAGGGGCCACACUCAAGAACACUGAGUACAUCUAUGCCGUUGCCAUCUACACCGGCAUGGAAACCAAGAUGGCUCUCAACUACCAGUCCAAGUCUCAGAAACGUUCUGCAGUAGAAAAGUCGAUGAAUGCCUACCUGGUGGUCUACCUGUGCAUCCUUAUCAGCAAGGCCCUCAUCAACACCGUGCUGAAAUACGUGUGGCAGGCGGAUCCCAACAGAGACGAGCCGUGGUACAACGACAGGACAGAAGCAGAGAGACAGAGACACAUUCUGAUCAGGGCGUUCACAGACUUCUUGGCCUUCAUGGUUCUUUUCAACUACAUCAUCCCCGUCUCCAUGUACGUUACCGUGGAGAUGCAGAAGUUCCUGGGCUCCUACUUCAUCAUGUGGGACGACGAGAUGUUUGACGAGGAGCUGGGGGAGAGAGCCGUGGUCAACACGUCAGACCUGAAUGAGGAGCUGGGACAGGUGGAAUAUGUGUUUACAGACAAGACGGGGACCUUGACAGAGAACAACAUGGAGUUCAUAGAGUGCUGCGUGGACGGACACGUUUACGUCCCUCAUGCUAUCUGUAACGGACAGGUGAUGCCUGGUGCAGCCAGUAUGGAUAUGAUCGACACAUCGCCAGGUCCCGACGCCAGGGCGUGUGAGGAGCUGUUUUUCCGGGCGCUGUGCUUGUGCCACACGGUGCAGGUGAAGGAGGAGGAGACGGUGGACGGGAUCAAGCACGGCAUCCACCAGGGCAAGUCCACUUCCUUCUACAUCUCCUCAUCCCCGGACGAGGUGGCGCUGGUGGAGGGAAUGAAGAGGCUCGGUUUCACCUAUCUGAGACUCAAGGACAGUCACAUGGAGAUCCUGAACAGAGAGGACGAGAUCGAGAGGUUUGAGCUUCUGGAGGUUUUAACAUUCGACUCAGUCAGAAGGAGAAUGAGCGUCAUUGUCAGGGCCAGCACUGGUGAGCUCUAUCUGUUCUGCAAAGGUGCAGACUCCUCCAUCUUCCCCAGGGUUAUCUCAGGCAAGGUGGAUCAGGUUAGAGCUCGGGUGGAGCACAACGCUGUGGAGGGUCUGAGGACACUUUGUGUUGCCUACAGGCCUCUGAGCCCUGAACAGUACCAGGAGGUUUGCCACCUGCUCAGCGGGGCCAAGUUGGCUCUACAGGACCGGGACAAGCGACUGGCGGAGGCCUAUGACAUUAUAGAGAAAGACCUGAUACUGCUGGGAGCCACUGCAGUGGAGGACAGGCUCCAGGACAAAGCGGCGGACACCAUCGAGUCUCUCCACAAGGCUGGUAUGAAGGUGUGGGUGCUGACCGGAGAUAAGAUGGAGACGGCGGCUGCGACCUGCUAUGCCAGCAAGCUCUUCCAUCGCAACACCCAGAUCCUGGAGCUGACCACCAAACGCACGGAGGAGCAGAGCCUGCACGAUGUCCUGUUUGACCUGAGCAGGACUGUCCUCAGGCAGCACGGAGGCAUGACCAGGGACACGUUCUCUGGUUUAUCAGGUGACUGUACUGACUACGGUCUGAUCAUUGAUGGAGCCACCCUCUCUGCGGUGAUGAGGCCCGGCCAGGAGGACUCAAACUCAGGGAACUACAAAGAGAUCUUCCUGGAAAUCUGCCGCAACUGCAGCGCUGUGCUCUGCUGUCGAAUGGCGCCGCUGCAGAAAGCUCAGAUUGUGAAGCUGAUCAAAGCCUCCAAGGAGCAUCCAAUCACACUGGCCAUUGGAGACGGAGCUAAUGAUGUCAGCAUGAUCCUGGAGGCCCACGUUGGCAUUGGCAUUAUGGGUAAAGAGGGUCGUCAGGCAGUGAGGAACAGUGACUACGCCAUCCCAAAGUUCAAACACCUCAAGAAGAUGCUGCUCGUCCACGGACACUAUUACUACAUACGCAUCUCUGAACUUGUGCAAUACUUCUUCUACAAGAAUGUGUGUUUCAUCUUCCCCCAGUUCCUCUACCAGUUCUUCUGUGGCUUCUCACAACAACCGCUGUACGACACAGCCUACUUAACUCUGUACAACAUCAGCUUCACCUCGCUGCCCAUUCUGCUCUACAGCCUCAUAGAGCAGCACAUUAACAUGGACAUCCUGAAGAAGGACCCAUCUCUGUAUAGAGAUAUUGCUAAGAACUCUUUGCUGCGGUGGCCCAUCUUCAUAUAUUGGACCAUCCUCGGUGUAUACGACGCCAUCGUGAUGUUCUUUGGUGCUUACUUCCUGUUUGACAACACCACCUUCACCAGCAAUGGACAGAUGUUUGGAAACUGGACGUUUGGGACGCUCGUCUUCACUGUGCUAGUCUUCACUGUUACGUUCAAGCUGGCUCUGGAUACUCAUUACUGGACCUGGAUCAACCAUUUUGUCAUCUGGGGCUCGCUGAUUUUCUUUGUGGUCUUCUCUCUGCUGUGGGGAGGAAUCAUCUGGCCCUUCCUCAACUACCAGAGGAUGUACUACGUGUUCAUGCAGAUGUUGUCCAGUGGUCCGGCCUGGCUCAGUAUAAUCCUUCUGAUAACAGCCAGUUUGUUGCCAGAUGUGGUAAAGAAGGUGAUCUGGAGGGCGCUGUGGCCCACCACCACUGAACGCAUACAGAACGCUGAUAAACUCUACAAGGGCCAGCUCUCCGAGUUCACCCCCCUGGCAUCUCUCCAUGCCCCUUCCAAGGCUGGCAGCCACCGGCGAGGCUCGGGCAACCAAAGGAACGCCCCAAACCCUCGAAGGUCUGAACCCUUUGAAAAGAAAGUCAUGUUCACACGCUGGCAAAAAACGCCAGACUACUGCACCUUCACCCCCCUCCUCCGAUUCGCAGACGGCUCCCGCCACCCAAGGCAGGGACAGGCUUACAGCGGGGCGGGGCCCGAGACCUCAGUCUAAUUUAUUUCCGUUUAGUUGUCUGUUCAUUUAUUCUCAUAUGAGACGCAACGGCAUCCAUUUGGAGUUGAACUGAACAAAUGAGUGAUUCUGAUAAAUUGGUCCACUGCUCACAGAGCUGGGAAAGAAAGUCACUCAGACAUAACUGAGUUUAUUUAUGUAACUCGGCUGCAGUCAAACGAUGGACUAAGUUGCUAAAGGCGGGCGUCUGUAAUCCAUCUGUAUGGGAUUACAGUGAGGGUCAGCAGCAUGUGUGUGGCACAAAGAAUUAUGGGACGACUCUGGGAAAGGACAGCAUCCACAGAGCCUUGCUCGCCGCCACGUCGUGCAAAGGGCUCAGUGUACUGAUGUCAUACUGAUGUUUGAUGUGUUAUGUCACACUGAAAAUACGAGCACUGGCCCUUUACGUCUGCCUGCCCUUCACAGCAGGCAGCUGAAGUGUACUUUUCUCUAAUUAUUAGGGUUUAUAUGACUUUUUAAAAACAACAACUACGGGGAUGAUCAUGAUGUGUUGUGACUGGAAUUGUGCUGACGACAAUGAUGAUGAUGAUGGUGAUGAAGAUGACUGCACAGACUUUCUCUGACCAAACAUUUUCUUUUUUUCUUUCAUUUCUUACCAUCUCUCUGUCUUUUCUUCUCUCCAUCUGUCUGUUCUGCCUCUUUUUAGGACUAACUGGUGUUGCCUUUGUGCAAACAUAUUAUCCCGAAACACUCCGUAGGACUCUGGGGUCAGAUCCUACAGCACUGUAAGGAGUGGUGUAGUAGAGCAGUGAAGCGUCAGUGUUUGAACUGUGGAUCUGAGCUGGUCAUUUUUCCUGUUUUGUUCAUCAGUGUGUGUCAUGUCUCAGAGGAAAAAAAGACCAACUUUAGCUCCACUUCCAACACUUUGAAGCUUUUAAACUCACAUGUAGGUAGUCUAGUCUUUGUCGUGAUAGAUGUGUGUGUAUCUGUGUGCUUAUAGCUAGUGGUUGUGUUAGUGUGUGUGUGUGUGUGCUGUUUCUUCUUCUCUUAUUGUCUUUGAAGCACUUUAACUAUAAGACGUUCAUCUUAUAUUUAUCUAUGAUGCUGAGAAGCUAAGUUUUUUUUUUUUAUGCCUUAUUGUUUUAGUGAUAGAAUCCAGUAGAGAUGGCUGUGUGACGUCUUGAUGCCUUAAUGUCACCUUGUAAAUACCAGAGAGAUUAUUACGAACCAAAGAGCCAGAGGAAAGAGGAACUGUGUUGUCUACAAGUCAGUUGUUGAGUUUGGAGAAGUCUUUUUUUUUUAGCAACUCAAAAGUGAACAUAUGAACAUACCAAUCACAACGCAAGGAUUCUGUCAAGUGCUCCAAACGACUUGAUGCCUUAAAUAAAUAGUUAAUAGUAUUUCUGAGAUUUGCUCAUCGGUUAUAAAGCCAUCUAUUAAAGAGAACACACACACACACACACACAUUCCAGGAAAUCAUGUCUGUAACACUGAAAUAUCCACUGAUAGUUCAGGUUUUAUUCUGUUACACACAAACUGCACAUGUUAGAAAUUCAGAUGUUCCACCUCAUGUUGUCAACAGAACAUAUUGGUGGUUUUUAGUUUGCAGGUUAGAUGGAUUAUAGCUCCUAAUUGCUUAGUUGUCAAGCUCUUAAAAGCCUUAUGGUUGUGUUAUGAGAGUGCAGUGAGAUUCUCUACCUUGAAAAGGGCCUUCACAGCUCAGCCUCUGAAUUCUGUCUUACACUUAUCUGUUCUCUUUGUUUCCAGCUAUCGCUCCCUCUCUCUUUCUGUCUUUCUCUCAUUCUCCCUCUGCUGAAGUGAUGUGGAAGUUUUCCUACCUCUGUGACAGCAGCCUCCAUCCGUCCUCAUCAUCACCCUCUCUCUGCCAUUCCUCCAUCCGUCCUGUCCGUCCAUCCAUCCAUGUACGCGUCCAUUGUGAGACGGAGUAGAAAUUAUAUUUCAUGCUCUACUUUUUAAUAGUUCUUUUAUGAACCAAAGCCUUGUUGCUGCUAGAGAUACUUGUAGCUGCUUUACAUUAGGUGCCUUGUGGUAGUUUCUCUCUCUGUGCUGAACUGUCUUUGCUUGCUUUUAUGGUAAAUUUACUCCUGAUAAUAGGCAUUUGGAUGGAAAAGCACUGCAGAUGAUGGAUGUAAGGAUGCUUAACUGAAGAGAGACUGAGACAAUGAGGAAAAAGGUGAAUGUAAAAAUUAAUUUGACGCAGGUUCUACUGUCCAAGAAGACGCAUUCGGAACAAGUGCAGCACUGAAAUAUUACAGCUGAUACACAAUCGAUGAACAAACUAAUUACGAACCAAAACAUUCAAAGACUUAUGUUUAAUAUCUGUUUUUUAUUGUUUUUACUCGAUUUUUUUUAUAUAUGUCCAGGAGGGCAUCUGUCUCUGAAAUGUUAUUUUUACUGUUUUCGUUAAUGUAUAAAGUAUAAAAAUUUACCACAUAAAAAGUGAGUGAGGGUCUCACUCGGUGGUCAGAGCACACUGGAAUGAUAUCAGAUGGUUUAUUUAAUCUUUACUUUAAAGGCACAGAAAACUUGAAGAGCUCCAGCUCUGUGUGAUCAGUCAGCUGCAGUCGAUCAGUGUUACAAACUGGGAUUUCUAAAAAAAAUAUUCUGUGUACGUUUCCUUUAAUGUCUGACUUGUUCUCAAGAUUAUGGUUUUCUAUUUUCAGUAUUUAUUUAAACAGUAAAACAAAGGAUUCUUAUACUGUUGGAUUCAGAGGUAAAAUCCAUGCGAUUUGCUAAUUAAAGGGUCAGUUCAGCCAAAUUAGAAAAGAAAAAACAUUGUUUCUGAGCAGAGAGAUGCUCCUCCAUUGUAUUGGUGUGAAGGCAGAGAUACAUAUCUCCAAACUUGGAAAAAUAAAACCAAAACUACUCUGCAUGGCAUGAUAUAAAUAGAUGUAUGUGAGAAAAUAGUGCAUGGUGAUUUUGCUUUGUAAUUUGGGUGAACUGGCCCUUUAAUGUGCUCAGGAUUGUGAAUGUAAACAUGUGACUGAGUGUGUGUGAUUUCAAACUGGGCUUUGACAGAUACGGGCUCUUGAAGGGAGAUGUUUGUGCCAGUAUUCAGUAUCUUAAAAACUGAUCAUGUUUCUCCACUUGAAUCCAUAAGUGAUAAGAACAAAAUCAGAAGCUUUAAUUGUUGGUGAUUGGCUGAUUAUUGGCUCUGAGAGGCAUCUGGGAGUCUUUUAUCAGAGUAUGAGUUAUUGCCAUCAGCCCCUUCUGCAUGUGAGGUGAGACAGACAGGUACGUCCUGUACCUCUGUCUGGAUAUACGUCUCUGUACGUAUGUUAGAGAUCAUGUGGUUAUUUGUUACCCUUUUUGUUUUUUACUUUUUCUGGAGACUCUACUUGAUGUGUGUCUUAUUUGUGUAGAAGAAUAUUCAAACAACCGCACUGGGUUGUGAUAAAACAACACUGGACAUGUAUGUAUUUAUAGCUUUAAAGAUUUAAAAAGACAAAAGGAGAGAUUUCUGUGGUGUUAGCUCAGAUACACCCCUGCACUGCGCCGUCUUGUCUGAUGACUGACACUUUGCUGUAGAAAUUUUCAAAGCCAUUAAUGGUGGAUUCAAGGUCUUGCUGUACCUCUUGUCCAAACUGUCCUGGUCUUUCAAGACCACCUAAACUGACAGCCUUCAAACAGAAUGUUAUCUAUUCUCUUUUACAAUGUAUUAUUGUAUAGUAUUCUAUUCUCAUAACCAACGGUAUCUAUAAUCGCUGUACACUCAGAUACAGUAUAUAUACAGUAUAUAAAUGUAGUUAUGUUAAUUGAUGUACAGUUUUGGGGUCUUUUUGUAUACAGUUUUUAACAGAGUCAUAUCAAGAUUUACUUGUGGAUUUUUGCCAACCUUUCUGUAGCUGUCAGCAGCAAACAACUGUACAUUUGCUUGAAAAUAAAAACCCAUAAG